AUGUCUUCCUCCUCAUCAAGCCACGAGGACGAGCGGCGUGCUGAAGAAUUUUUCAAUCUUGUGCAAGAAUUUAACCAAAUUGUUCAAGAUAUGGGUGAUCCAGAUGAGCAACCUCGUCAUCGGCGACGAAGCGUGGCAAAGAAGGCCUACAUUCGUCGGGACCGUGAAGCCGGCGCUCUACGUUUGCACGCGGAUUACUUUGAUGAAAAUCCGGUCUACCCCGACAACAUUUUCCGCCGCCGAUUUCAGAUGCGUCGUGCGUUGUUUUUGCGUAUCGUUAAUGCCGUCGCAUCUGAUCCAUACUUCCAACAACGCACGGAUGCACUUGGGAGGCCCGGCUUCACGCCAUUGCAAAAAUGCACUGUCGCUAUUCAUUCAGUCGAGCCAUUAUUCAACCAUCAGGGGGAACCGACCAUCAUCCUCGAAGCCGUCGCAUCGCAAGAUCUAUGGAUCUGGCAUGCUUUUUUUGGGACUCCUGGUUCGAACAACGACAUCAACGUGCUCAACAACUCGACGUUGUUCAACGAUCGGCUGCAAGGAAUAGGCGUGCCGGUCACAUAUCAAGUCAACAACGCCUACUACACAAGUGGGUACUACUUGACUGACGGCAUCUAUCCCAAUUGGCCUGUAUUCGUGAAGAGUCCUACACAUCAUACGGAUCCGAAGGGGAAGAGGUUCAAAGUGAUGCAGGAAGCGGCUCGCAAGGAUAUUGAACGAGCCUUCGGCGUCCUUCAAGCUUGUUGGGCAAUCGUCAAAGGCCCAUCGCGUAUUUGGAGCAAGGAGGCGAUGAGCGACAUCAUGUUCACGUGCAUCAUUUUGCACAACAUGAUCAUCGAAGAUGAAGGCGAGCACGCAACACAGUGGGAAGAAGACGCCGACGAAGCUUCAAGUAGCGCCGCAUCUCAACCUCGUGCCGGUGCUCCGCCGAAUUUUCGUGCAUUUGUUGCACGAUAA